UUAUUUAUUACAAAAAAAUUUUCUAUCUUUGCGCCAUCUUGAAUUGCUGAGUAAUUAGCUUCUAAGAAAAUAGUAACAACCUAGUUAUGAAAACAGAAACUAGAAUAAAAGAGAAUAUCGAUUCCUCUAAGGAGGUAUCGACAAAACAAGCAAUUUUAACAGUUAGUGUGGUCUUUAUCACCUCUUUAUCAGCAUUACUUUAUGUAUAUACUACUUUUCCAGAACUUACAGAAGAUGAACAACAGCAUAUGAAAUUACCAUUAGAUCUUGAAGAGGCUAAAAAUUUGGGUAAACUUCUUGGACGAUAUAGAGAUCUUUAUUAUUUUCAAGUGCUAAUUGGAUUAUUUCUUACAUAUAUUUUUUUACAAACUUUUGCUAUUCCAGGUUCUAUUUUCCUUUCAAUCCUUUCUGGUUUUCUUUUUCCUUUUCCUUUAGCUUUAUUAUUAGUAUGCAGUUGCAGUGCAGUAGGAGCAUCACUUUGCUAUCUUCUUUCAUCACUUUUGGGACGUAGAUUGCUUUUUAAAUAUUUCCCAGAAAAAGCAAGGGAAUGGACAUUAACAGUAAAAAAACACAAAGAUAAUCUUUUUAAUUAUAUGCUAUUUCUUCGAAUAACUCCAUUGCUUCCAAAUUGGUUUAUAAAUCUAGCCAGUCCUAUAAUUGGAGUGCCUCUUGCACCAUUUACUGUAGGCACAUUUUUUGGAGUUGUUCCACCAUCUUUUAUUGCCAUUCAAGCAGGUCAGACAUUACAAAAUUUAACUUUAUCUACUGGCUGGUCAUGGAAAAGUGUUAUAAUAUUAUGUGUAUUUGCUGUAUUAUCAUUAGUGCCUAUUUUAUUUAAACAAAAGAUACAACAAAAGUUUGAUUAAAUUUUAGGAAAGAAAUUCAAAAAAUUUAUUUAAUUAAAAAAUGAUAUGAUUAUUUAUUUUUUAAUAUUUGAAAUAGUAAAAAAAAAAUUAGUCAAAAUAUCAAAUAUAAAAAAAUAUUAUUUUCAACAUGAUUUAUAUUAUUUAAAAAAAGUUUAUUUCCUAAAAAUAAAAUUUUACAUUUUUAAUAUUUUCAUUUAUGUAAUUAUAUAAAACUUUAAAUAUUUAUUAAAGAGAUUUCUUACUUUUCUCGUAAUUGUAACAUUUUAUGUCAAUUCUUACAUUAUUUUUUUAUUUUUUUGUAUAGUAUUAAUUAUUAUAAUUUUUUUUCUGUAGUAUCAAUUGUUUGUAAUUAAUAAAUUAUAAUUUUGAAAAAUAA